CUAAGGUCAAGAUAAGGCCGCAAGCUACGAUUACCGGUGACUUUAUGAUCGCUUCCGGCGAUCUUCUUCUGGUCGAUCAUAUAAUCGUACAUAUUUCACACACCGUCGUCACCUCCCAGGAGAAUGUUGCUAUACACCCUCGACGUUAUCAUACGCUUUAUACUGCGACAUUAUUCAGGCUUGAGAUUUGGCUCGAGUCAGUUGUCGGCCAAAGAUGUCUGCGAGCACUUGUUGAAUCGACUCGUUCCACGCAUGGGAAGCGUUCUCCAAGUGGUUCCUUUCUCAGGGUUUUGUUGGAAAUUCGUGUGCUCCACUACAUUUCGUCCACCAAUACGUACUUAUUUCGGCCCAUGAUUAAUUUUCAAGUAUCGCCGAUUGACUACCUUCAAACUGCUGUGAGAAUAUAAAGAGGCAAAACCGCGC